CGUCUGAAACGAGUGGCUUCAACCAAUCAGGAGCAGCCACAGCAUGUUUGGAAACAAUGUUCCUCCCUGUGGUACCUCAUCGGUAAAACUCUGUAUGAGAGUCUUCGGCAGUACGCAUUCAAAAGCAGUGGCGUCUAACAAGUUUCUCUUUCUACGAGACCAUUGACGUUGCAUUUCUUACUAUUUAUCGAGGACUCUUCUUAUUUUUAAGAGUAUAUCUAUAGCGGGUUAAUAGUGUCAUCCCGGGAGUGCGACUAUAACGAGAGUAAAAAUGGACUUGGGAGAUUCUCAACAAAAGACGAUUGCUCUUCUCAUAAAAACGCCCAACCUGGCUCAGGAGGACCAAAUCCUGGAAGGCGUCCAUUUGACCUCGACUGUAAAGGAUCUAAAAACGCGUUUGUCGACUGUCUACCCUACCAAACCGGCCGUGAUUGACCAGAAACUGAUCUAUGCUGGUAAACUGCUGCUGGACCAUCUACACAUUAAAGAUAUCUUCAAACAGACAGACUCCAUUCCCAUACUGCACCUGGUGUGUGCUAUUAGGAAUCCACCCCGAGGGCCACUGGGAGCUACACCUAAGACUGUAGAAACAGAACAGCUGCAUCCUUCCGGUCCAGUACCCCUGACAGCCUCCGCCUCACCCAGUUCCAGUAGCGCUUCCACAGUCCAGGCUCCCAGCACACCAGAACUGAGACAGAGGAGGCAGACCCCUUCAGCUUCAGCUGCUCCUCCAGCUCCCACAGAACUCCCAGCAUCUCCUCCUUGGCCUACUGCUACAGUGCCUGGAGCACCACAGAUGACCCAACCAGCCUUUCCUGCUGUCUCCCUUUACAGCCCUCAGCAGCUGCUCUGGCUCCAGCAUGUCUACGCAAGACAAUAUUACAUGCAAUACCACGCAGCUUUGGCAGCAGCAGGCACUGUUCCCUCUGCAUCAGCUGCAACCACUGGCCAGUACCCUCCUGUUCCUGCCCACCAAGUACCUGUUCCAGCCCCCUUAGCCAAUCAGAACCCCAUCAACAACCUGCCAGUGAAUCAGAACCCAGCCCAGGAUGGCGCUUUCAACCCAGGGGGAGGCAACCAGAACAUGCAGAUGAAUGCGCAGGGUGGGCCUGUAAUGGAGGACGAGGAUGUGGAACAUGACUGGCUGGACUGGUUGUACUCUACUGCAAGAUUUGGCAUUCUGCUCAUGAUCUUAUACUUUAACUCCAACCUGAGUCGCUUCCUGCUUGUGAUGAGCACCCUCCUCCUCAUGUACCUGCACACUGCUGGUUGGUUUCCUUUCAGAAGGCGAGUACAAGUCCAGGACCCCAACCAUGUGCAGCCUCCUGAGAUCCAGCACAAUCAACAGAAUGCUAACAGGAACCCAAACCCAGAUCUAGCUGAUGAGUUUGCAGACAGACAAAGAGAGGAACCAGGUGUAGCAGCAGAUGGAUCUGAUGGACAAGGACCAAUGACCGCAGUUUUGGUUCCUCCUCACAGCGUGUCAGUCGUGUGGACAGCUUGGGUUUUCUUCAAAACCUUCUUCUCCUCACUUAUCCCUGAGGUUCCUCAGGGUAUGGUCAACUGACUGUCUAGGACAGCUGUGUGAUAGACUCGGGCAGAUGUUUUGUUUUUUUUUUUCACUAGGGCACAGUAAUCUCUGAACUUGAAACAUGAGUGGAAGGGUAGCUGGGAACACCAACAGAAUCUGAGAGCACCUGUGUGACACCACUCAAAGUUAAA